UGAUAAUGUUGGACAAAAGGCGCACAAACAACUAAGCCAAUCAAAACGCAGUUCACCUUUCAACUUUGUUAUUUAACUACCAUCAGCUUGCAGUUAGUCUCCUCAGCCUGCAGUUGGUGUAUAUUGUGCGAUGCCUGAUAAACGGUCAACCUAUCCAAAGUCCUAUGAAAAAUAUUUCCCAUUAGAUCGUUCAAGAUCGUUUAUUAGUGUGCAUUUAAAUCAGCAGUCAAUAAUAUCCGAUCAUAAAACUGGUGCACGAAAAUCUGCGAUUUCUCAAAAGUUCACUGACGAAUCUCGUGUACAAACAGUCAAAGAUCUUUUUGAAUAUGGCUUAAAUAAUUCGAGUAAGUUCAUCCAUUCACACUAA